AUGGCCGACCUCGACGUUCCCAUUGCGCUGAGACGAGCCCGCCGCAAGACUGGGUUGGUGAAGCAAGAGGAGCCAGAGUCGGACGCUUGUCAUGCUCCCCCGCCAAAAACGCCUCGCCGCGCAAGAAAGGCCGUUCGGUUCUCGGACCCCGGUGUUCCGGGGGCGUCGGCGUCGGCAUCAUCACCACCAUCGAGUGGGCUGACGCCCAUGGUUCGACGCACCUCCAUCGGCACUCCUCGCCACCAGCGGCGUGCAUCUACGCCCGCGGCAUCCGCUACACAAGGCAGCCAUCACUUGCCGGCUGGGAGCGCGCUGCGUCGCACUUUCGACGGCCGCGUGGAGAGACGCUUGCGCAGGGAUAACGUCCGCCACCUGCUCAACAAGGCCGAGCAGGAGAAGCGGCACAGGGCGAGCGUGGCUCGGUCGCAGAUUGACCAUCUCAGGUCGGAAAUCAAGUUGCGUGAUAGGGAAAUCCAUCAGCUGCAGAAUGCCACCGUGGCUAUUGACACGGAGCGCAUGUGGGACUUGGAGCAGCAGGUCGAUGAUCUGAAAAGGGAAUUGGCCAAGAGGCCCGGGACGCCAAAGGACGACAGCCGCACUUUCGACUGGACGCUGGCGGCUCGGGAUCCAUUUGACGAGUACACGGACAUGAUGGAGGGCGUUGAUGAUGAUGAUGAUGAUGGUCAUGGUGACGGUGAUGAUGAUGACGGUGGCUUCGGCGAUGCCACAAUGGCGCAGUUGGUGGCGAGCACUCCCACCCGGCUCACGUCUUCGUUCCCUACGCCUCCUGCAACUAGUCCGCUGCUGCCGACCACGCCUUGCUCGAGACGGAGCCUGUCGUUUGCGCGGCCAUCGCACGCCGGGGUGCAAGUCUGCUUUCCAGACGCACACAAGCAGGAGAUGCAAGAGGAGCUCGCGUCGCUGCAGCUCGAGGUGGCCAAGCUGACGGCUACGCUGGAUUCAUACCGGAACCUGGGCUCCCAGCUGGAGCGGCAAUUGGCAUCUGUGGGAACCCCAACCCCAGCUCCAACCCCAGCUCCAACCCCCCUGGGCAGCGACACGCCCAUGGCGCAUGUCUUGCAAGCCAAGGUUGCCGCGCUGCUGCGAGACGUGUCUGACGGCACGGCAGCCGUCGCGCGGCUGAGCAGGCAAAUCAAGGACCUUGGCUUCCCCGGCACCGACGCCGGCGAAAUGGUCACGGCGCUGGCAUCUGGCUUCCGCGCGGCCCGUCUGGAGCUGGAGUACCUGACGCCGGGCGAGAUCACGCUCCCGCUCACAUGCCACGGCGCCGAGGUGCUGGACCUCCUGCUCUCGAGGCUCCGGGAGCUCGCCAAGAAGAGCCGCGAGGACGACCUGUGCAUAGAUGAGUACCACGACCUGGAGCAGUCGCUCCGCAAGCAGCUCGACGCGAGAGUCACGGCAAUGGACCAGCUCAGGGCCGAGACCGGGAAGGCAGAGCGCCUCCUCCACGAAAAGAAGCUGCAGGUGCAGCAGCUGGAGGUCGGCAACGCCCGUCUCAAGGGCGCGGUGGACGGGUACACCCGGGACAUUGGCGAGCUCGAGAGGCUGGUCGAGCGGAUGGAGCAGGAACACGCCGAAGCCACGGCCGCACAGGCGGAAUGCACGCGUCAGCAGGUGCUGGAGAGGGAGGCCGACGUGGCGGCGCUUCGAGAGAGGCUUGCCGACGCCGUGCGACAGACAGGACGUCUGCAGGAGGAAAUCAGCGACGUGCAGGACAGCAGCACGCGGCACGUCGUGGCACUCAACAAGCGCCACGGCAGCGCACUGGCGUUGCGCGACGCGCGCGUCCUGGAGCUCCGGGGGGAGAUGGACCGCCUCAACGACGCUCUGCGGUCGGCUCACGAGGUGAUUUGCGAGCUGCGCGCGGAGAGGGGAGGCUUGCAGGCGCAGAUGGACAGGGACAGGGCAAAGGCGGCGGCGGUGGUGGAGGCGAUGAGGGCGGAGCUGCGGCGAGUGUUGCAGAUGGGCCACGACUUUGCGAGGAGCUGCCGGGGGGAGGGGGAGGGGGAGGAGGAGGAGGAGGAGGAGCGUGCCGAUCCGUGCGGGGAUGGAAUCGCAGGUCGGCGGCCAGAGGGUGAUGACGACGGUGGAGGUGGUGAUGGUGGUGAUGGUGAUGGUGAUGGUGAUGGUGAUGGUGAUGGUGAUGGUGAUGGCGGUGAUGGCGGUGAUGAUGAUGGUGGUGAUGGCGAGGAUGCGGGUGGCGAUGGUGGUGAGGGUGGUACUGGUGAGGUGCAGGCAGCAGCGAGGGAUGCAGGCGGGGACAGGAAGCUGCGGCGGGGCUACGACAGCGGCUUGGGGCUUUUGCCAGAGGAGGACGGGGCGCCCCAUCCCUGA